AGUUGGGUUCCGCUCUCUGAGAAACAUUCUCCUUUCGACUCUGACUCGAGAAAUAACCUGAAAAUGUCUGGACGUGGAAAGACCGGAGCCGGAAAGGCCAGAGCAAAGGCAAAGAGCCGUUCAUCCCGUGCCGGACUCCAGUUCCCCGUCGGCCGUGUCCACAGGCUGCUGAGGAAGGGAAACUACGCUCAGCGUGUCGGUGCCGGAGCUCCGGUGUACCUGGCCGCCGUGCUGGAGUACCUCACCGCGGAGAUCCUGGAGUUGGCCGGAAACGCCGCCCGUGACAACAAGAAGACCAGAAUCAUCCCCCGCCAUCUGCAGCUGGCCGUCCGCAACGACGAGGAGCUGAACAAACUGCUCGGUGGAGUCACCAUCGCCCAGGGAGGCGUCCUGCCCAACAUCCAGGCCGUCCUGCUGCCCAAGAAGACCGAGAAGGUCGCCAAGAAGUAAAUACCCGGAUCCGACUUGAACACAACACAACGGCUCUUUUAAGAGCCACACACUCCUAACUAACGAGACAGUUCCUCUUGAUUAUCAGUGACUAUUACUGAGAAGUUAUCAAUGAUAUUAAUAACAGCCACUAUAUAUAUAAAUACUUUAUUUAUCCUGAGUAUCCCUUAUGUGUGUUUCCAGCAGUAAACAAUAAACCUACAAUGAGAAACUCAUAACACAGUGAACUGCAGAUGGAGGUCUGCCACUGAACACACUGUCUGUAAAUAAGGAACAAAUUAACAUUGUUUACAGAAACUGGUAGCUGGGAGAACUAUUAACAGUGUAUAACAACAUAAGUGUCAGGAAGCUUUAAAGAAACAAAGUUUGAAUAUAGAAUUUGCCAAAAUGAACUUAGUUACUGAGUCUUUAAGUAGACUAGCAUGUAACUAAUAAUAGCAUCAUGAUUUAUAGGAACAAAGAUGGUGCAAAGAAAUAAAGUACUUCUUAAAUUAUAUGUAAAUACAUGAAGAUAUUUUUAAACUGCAGGUUCUAAAAUAAAAUGCAGGAACGGUUCAAUAAUACUUAUGUUGGAUUUGAGUAUAGAUAAUUUUAUCUGCAAUUUAUGCUGCUAAACUGCAUAUUUUUGCAUAUUGUGUAUACCUGCAUUUAACUGCAAUCUUUGUUACAUUUAGUUACUAGUUUUCUUUUUUUCUACUUAUGUUACCUGUAUGUGCUUGCAUUUAGUUAAUUGUUUUUGUUGGCCUUUAUUUUAUUAUUUCUACUCCAACCCUGUAUUACUUUCCCACUUUUGUAUUGCAACUGUUUGAAACAGUAAGGAUUCAAUACUUUGCCAUACAACUCAGUGCAAGUUGCUAGGGAUUUGCUUCAGUGUGCUCAGGACAUCAACAUAUAUGGUAUCCCACACAGGAUCACACUUGAUACACGCAGAUCACACAAAAAAAAAAAAAAAAAAAAACCUGUUCACAACAUACCUGGAUGACAGUGAUAGAUGUCAAGUUAAAGUGAUAUGGUGCAUAGGGAUGCAGAGCGCAACCACAGACUUUAGUUCUAUGUAUGAGUAGUCACUCUCAAUGAAGCUAUUAAACAGAAAUAUACAUGUAUUGGUGGGUAAGUAAUAUAAUGUUGAAACUAAUGUAAAGGAACACAUAUAAAAGCUAUUAGGUCAGUGAACCACCACUAUGUAGUAUACAUUAAUAUAAUACAUUUGAUACUAUUGCUUUCCAUAUGGACAUUAGUAGAGACAGUAGGAAGUUAAAUAUUAGAAUUUAUUAAUGUACAACUCAGUAAAUCUAACUAAUAGGAUAUAAAAGCCUUAUUGUGCAUAAAUAGAGAAUAUUGAUUAUUAAUAAAACAAGCAGCUGUAUGUACUGACGGAAACUUUGCUCUCUUAUCGGAUGUAUGUGGCUCUUAAAAGAGCCGUUGUGUUGUUGGUUAUCGGGUCUCAGGUCAGUUUAAGCCCUCUCUCCG